CGCGGCCCCUUCCCUUCCUUUCCCCUUCCCUUCCCUUUCCCCGCCCCUCGCCGCGGGUCCCCUCGUCGGCGGGCGCGAUGCGGCGGCGGCCGCUGCUGGCGCUGGGCCUGGCCCUGUGGGCGCUGGGCGCGGCGCACGGCCAGCACCGCGCCGACUACGACCGGGAGGCGCUGCUCGGCGGGCAGGAGGAGGCGGAGGAGUACGCGCGGCUCAGCCCGGAAGAGCAGCAGCGGCGGCUGCGGGCCAUCGUCAGGAGGAUCGAUGCGGACGGCGACGGGCUGCUCAGCAAGGAUGAGCUGAGCUCCUGGAUACAACAGUCCUUUAAACAUUAUGUUACACAAGAAGCUAAGCAACACUUCCACGACUAUGACAAAGAUGGUGAUGGAUUAGUGUCUUGGAAAGAGUACAAUUUACAAAUGUAUGAUCGUGUCAUUGAUUUUGAUGAGAACACUGUCCUGGAGGAUCAAGAAGAAGAAUCAUUUCGACAGGAGAAAAAGAGUUUUGAAAAAGCUAACAGGGAUGAUGUUCCUGUAAAUGUGGAUGAAUUCAUUGCUUUUGAACAUCCUGAAGAAGUGGAGUAUAUGACGGACUUUGUCAUUCAGGAAGCUUUAGAAGAGCAUGAUAAAGACGGUGAUGGAUUUGUUACCUGGAAGAAUUCUGGUGAUUACAGAAGAGACCCAACUGCAAGGGAAGAUCCAGAAUGGAUACUUGUUGAGAAGGAUCGAUUUGUGAAUGACUAUGACAAGGAUAACGAUGGGAAACUCAGCCCUCAAGAGCUGUUGUCUUGGAUAGUACCUAAUAAUCAGGGUAUGCACAAGAGGAGAAUUGAUGAUGAGGCUCUUCACCUUAUUGAAGAAAUGGAUUUGAAUGAUGAUAAAAAGCUUUCUGAAGCAGAAAUUCUUAAGAACCAGGAUUUGUUUCUUAACAGUGAAGCAACGGAUUAUGGCAGGCAGCUUCAUGAUGAACGUUUCUACCACGAAGAACUUUAGAUUAUUUAUUUUGUAAUCUGUUUUUCUUCCCUUUCUUUCAUUUGGAGCUUUUGUUAAAUGCACCCACUUUUCAGCUAUGUUGCAAAUUUUAUGCUGUAAUUACAAUAGACUAAUGUUUGUGUAAAUACUUUGCAUUCAAAAUUAAAUUGCCCUCCUGCAGACUUCCUUGGGCCUCUUCUAGCCUGCAAAUUAAUCUUAAAUACUUACUUCCAAAAUUAUAUAGCAAUGGGAAAGAAAUUACUUAAGGUAUUAUACUGUAUUGUGAAGAGUUGUGUGACUGUACUUCAACUAAAUGGAGAAUUUAAAUGAUUCUCUGAAAGAAUUCAAACCAGAAAAUGAGACUGCUUUAUUUUCUACUCAGUUUAAUUAGGGAGGAGAGUAGGGAAGAUAGGGGAAGAUGUUUAGAAUCAGCAUUAACUGUGUUUUAUUUAAUACAUUUGGAGAAACACUUAGCUUAAUGCCUCAAUUGUUUAAGAGGUUUCUACUUAAUUUUAAAUGGUUUCUAUGUGUUUUACUGUAUUAUAAUAAAAACCUACUAUUUUUACAUCUACAGAAAACAAUUGUUUUUAUGUACAAUUCUACAGCAUUGGCAAUGCAAUGGUAUUGUACAUUGUCAAGACCCUCCUCAUUUGUUGGAUUAAAACUUAAAAUAUUG